CCGGUACCGGCGGCGUUGCCGGUUCCCCCGGGGGCGGCGAUGAUGGAGCCGGUGCCGGGCUCCGGGCAGAGCCCGUCGCUGUCGCUGCCGGUGCCCCGGGAGGGCCCGGGCCCCCUGCGCCCCCCGCAGCACCUCUGGCGCCAGCCCCGCACCCCGAUCCGCAUCCGCCACCGCGGCUUCUCCGACACCGACCGGCACCGGCCCCGGCCCAUGGAGCGGGCGGAUGCCGUGGACACCGGGGACCGGCCCGGGCUGCGCAGCGCCCGCAUGUCCUGGCCCUCCUCGCUCCACGGCACCCCCGGCACCGGCAAGCGCUCGGAGGCGGAGAACGGCCCCAAUGGCCCCAAUGGCCCCAAUGGCCCCAACGGCCCCUGGGGGGGGGCGCGGAGCCCCCCCGAGCCCCAGCCCAGCCCGGGCCGGGGUCUCCAGGCCGCGCCCCCCCCCGCGCAGCGCCGCGAGUCCUUCCUGUACCGCUCCGAGAGCGACCUGGACGCGUCCCCGCGCAGCCUCUCCCGCUGCUCCUCCGUCAACAGCGACGCCCACGGCGAGGAUUUGAUCGUCACCCCCUUUGCUCAGGUCCUGGCCAGUCUCCGCAGUGUCCGCAGCAACCUCUCCAUCCUGACCAAAGGCUCCACCCCCCCGGGCUGCACGCUGUCGCCCCUCGGAUCGCAGCCCCCCCCCGGCACAGCCACGAUCUCAGAGGCCACGUCCCAGCAGCUGGCCAGGGACACCCUGCAGGAGCUCGAUUGGUGCCUGGAGCAGCUGGAGACGCUGCAGACGCACAGGGCUGUCAGCGAGAUGGCCUCCAACAAGUUCAAGCGGAUGCUGAACCGGGAGCUGUCGCACCUGUCCGGGAUGAGCCGCUCGGGGAACCAGGUGUCCGAGUACAUCGCCAGCACCUUCCUGGACAAGCAGCCCGAGGUGGAGAUCCCCAGCCCCGGCCCCCCCGAGCGGGACAAGCGGCGCCGGCCGCCCCCCGGGCCGGGCGGGGAGGGAGGGGCGCGGGCGCUGCCCCCCGGCUGCGACCCCCGGGACCCCCCCCGGGACCCCCCCCAGGACCCCCAGGACCCCCAGCCCCUGCCCCGCUAUGGCGUGGAGACCGACACCGAGGAGCAGCUGGGAAAGGAGUUGGACAACCUCAACCAGUGGGGGCUGAACAUCUUCAGGGUCUCCGAGUUCUCCAACAACCGCUCGCUGAGCUGCAUCAUGUUCACCAUCUUCCAGGAGCGUGACCUGGUGCGCACCUUCGCCAUCCCCGAGCGGGCUCUGCUGGGCUAUGCCCGGGCCCUGGAGCAGCACUACCACCCCGACGUGGCCUACCACAACAGCCUGCACGCCGCCGACGUGCUGCAGUCCACGCACGUGCUGCUGGCCACCCCCGCCCUCGACGACGUCUUCACUGACCUGGAGGUCUUGGCCGCCCUCUUUGCCGCCGCCAUCCACGACGUCGACCACCCCGGGGUGUCCAACCAGUUCCUCAUCAACACCAACUCGGAGCUGGCGCUGCUCUACAACGACGAGUCGGUGCUGGAGAACCAUCACCUGGCCGUGGGCUUCAAGCUGCUGCAGGAGCAGGACUGCGACAUCUUCCAGAACCUGAGCCGGCGGCAGCGGCAGGCGCUGCGCCAGAUGGUCAUCGACAUGGUGCUGGCCACGGACAUGUCCAAGCACAUGAGCCUCCUGGCCGACCUCAAGACCAUGGUGGAGACCAAGAAGGUGACGAGCUCGGGGGUGCUGCUGCUGGACAACUACACCGACCGCAUCCAGGUGCUGCGGAACAUGGUGCACUGCGCCGACCUGAGCAACCCCACGAAGCCGCUGGGGCUGUACCGGCAGUGGACGGAGCGGAUCAUGGAGGAGUUCUUCCGGCAGGGGGACCGGGAGCGGGAGCGCGGCAUGGAGAUCAGCCCCAUGUGUGAUAAACACAGCGCCUCGGUGGAGAAAUCACAGGUCGGGUUCAUCGAUUUCGUGGUGCAGCCGCUGUGGGAGGCCUGGGCCGAGCUCGUCCACCCCGAUGCCCGGGAGAUGCUGCGGGCGCUGCACGAGAACCGCGAGUGGUUCCGGCUCCGGGCCCCGCUCAGCCCCGAGCCCGCCCCGGCCCCGGGACCCCCCCCGGGCCCCCCCCGCUUCCGCUUCGAGCCCCCCCCAGACGGGGACGGGGAGGGGGAGGGGCGGGACCCCCCCCCGGAGCCCCCCGGGACCCCCCCGGGGAGACCCCCGGAGGAGGGGGAGGGGCGGGGGGAGCCCCCCCCGUGAGGGGGAGGGGAGGGG